GUCACGUGGUUACCAUUGACAACAAAGUAUGGCGACGAGACUGGGAAUCGAAUCUGACAGCGAAGAAAACGCUUUUCCCGUUUACUGGUCCUUUUCUUCGUGCUAAGACAUGUGACUUUUGAUCUGGAGGUAUGCAGCCGAAUUUAUCAGGAGGAAGAAGCGACGAUCCACUUGAACGUUCAUUCCCACACAUCAAGCUUGCCUCUCCUGAAGAUGAACUGUUGAACAAAUCCCUGUUGGAAUCCCUGACCCCAGCUUCUCCUAGCUCUAGUGCUCCAUACCGUCUUCCUAAGCUCAGUUCUACAGGGUCGGUCUCUUCAACAUGUACAUCAGGUAGUGAUCCCUUAGAGGGUACCCUACGCAAUGGACAGUCAUCGACGGAUGGUCUCAGCCCACGCAGUCAACAGAGCAUCAAAUCCAACCUGUCCAAGGUGUCCAGUAGGAGUACUCGAUCUAGCAAUCGCCUUCCCAUCCCUCCCUACACCAUAGCACAACUCCGACGGGCGCAAAACAUCCAUGUGCCAUCCUUUAAGAAGGCACAGUUUGCCCCUCUUGUCUCUAGUCCUGCUCGGAAAGCAGUCAUAGAAGAAGACAGUAAGACAGAUAGGACUGAAGUGCAUGAUAGGACCAGAGUUGAACAGGAGAUACAUGUCCGGGCAGAGCCAGAAACAACAAGAGCAACUACUAGAUAUUCACAUGCAAGUAGAACUACAUAUGGACCUCGUAGUGCUGCUGUUUCUAUGACCAUUCCCAUGGCCAGUGGUACUGAUUACUCCCAUCCACCUCCCGACCAAAAGGCUGAAUGGAGACUGUCGCCUCAUAGACAUAAAAACUAUGACAAUCAGGCUGUGACAUCAAACUCUGGGCCUUACUCCCGUAAGUUUGUCAUACACUGUUCUGCACCCAAAUCCUGGCUCCAUAUGAAGUUAAGACGCAGCAAGACCACUCUGACGUGACAAUCAGAAACACAGACAGUCGCACCAACACUACAAUGCAAUCUUGUUAUCAAUCAGCGAAUUUCAUUCUUUUCAAUGUGAUUUAUAUGAUUGGGAUGUAUUCCAAGAAUUUCUCUCUUGUUGCCAUUCACAGUCACUUAUGUUUGAUAAUAACCUUCAUGCAUUAGGGAAUUAGUCUGAAUAGUGAUAGUGAUCUAAUUUCUGAAAUACAUGUUAUAUUUCUUGAAACUAAGCCACCCCAGACUUAUUUGAGGAAAAGCUUGCUGAUAUGCAAGGUUGUUUCUACAUGUUUGAUCUACAGUACGUGAUUGGUUUAUUGUGUUUCGAGGCAGGCAAAA